CGAUACACUAGCUACGCCAUCUUGCAAUAAAAUUCAAAAUUACCGCCCAUAAAUUUUCCAGAUGAUCGAUUGCUGUCGUUAUCUCAGCGGCAUGUGAUCUUCAGAAUUAAUAUCAGACACAUUCACUCACCACCACCACCGCAAACUUUCGUAACUCGAUUCCCACCACCUCAAACUUCACCACUACCAGUAGUUAAUCUACGUCCAUAGAAAUCAGCAGCAGGAUCACCAUCACCAGCUAGCAUUACAUCAACCAGCAGCAAUAUAUUCACCAGUUGGUUUAUUACUCCUUAGUCUUCUAAAUGGUGAUCGUGUUACGCGGGCAACAAUCCCAACUUUACAAUCAACUAGAAAGUCGUCCCAGUUAUUUUUAUUUACAAGACAUUCGUCCUUUCAACUGGACUCCGAACCAGAACAUUCACAUUUUUUAAAUUUAAAAAGUUCAAAGUAACAGGAUUACUUUUUUCACUGACAUUCACAACUGGACUAUCGUGACAACGGUUCAGUUGAUAAAAAUAUACUUUGUGAUAUAACCUGCAUUACUAAGAUUUAUUCACGCAGAUAAAAAUGGAAAUGAAUCAUUCGGGUCAUGAGCAUCAUGAUCACAGUGCCAUGGAUCAUUCGAAAAUGGAGCAUAUGGCAAAUGUAGAAGAAUCCAAUCCCAUGCCUGAUCAUAUGCAUGGAAUGCAAGGAAUGCAUAUGAUGAUGAUGUACUUCCACUUUGGGUAUGACGAAACAAUUCUCUUCGAAUCAUGGAAAAUUUCAACCAUGGGAGGAUUAAUUGGCUCGAUGAUAGGCAUUAUUAUAAUGGCUGCGCUUUAUGAAGGACUGAAGUACUACAGAGAAUAUUUGUUCUGGAAAACUUACAAUACACUUCAAUACAGAAGUGUCACGGUACCACCGGAAAAAAAUCCUACCACUGAAGACAGUCGUGUUGUACAUAUGGUCGGAGAAGUUAUUCACAGACAACCACCAACGAUGCUGUCAUGGAUGCAUACUUUCCAAACGUUAUUACAUAUCAUUCAAAUAAUUUUAUCGUACUUCCUGAUGUUGAUAUUUAUGACAUAUAACGUAUGGCUUUGUAUCGCAGUAGUUCUCGGUGCAGCGAUCGGAUACUUUUUAUUUGGCUGGAAAAAGUCCGUAAUUGUAGACGUUACGGAACACUGUCACUAACAAUACCCACUAUCAUUAGCAUAAAUAUCGCACACAUUAAUUUAUUUUCUUCUUUACUUAUGAUGUUUAAUCGGACGUACGCUCGCGAUGUUGAUGAUAUUUAUACGAUCGAUACAAGUAGAAUUGACAAAUAAUAAAAUAAUAAUUUUUUAUUCCAUACAACAAACGUAUUUAUUGUACGUUUAAUAUUGUGCCUAAUUAGCUAAUGUGGAAUUAAAUAUUCAUUAAUAAAUAUAUGUAUAUAUUUUAUAUAAAUAUGAUCAUGUCGGGCAAAGAAGAAAAUUAUUAACAACCUUUUUUAUCAGUAUUUUUUAGUAUAAAUCGGCUCGCAAGUUAGCUGAUAAUUAAUUUAAUUGUUUAUUUAUUAUUAGUAAGGACAUUCUCAGACCGUGUCCCCACUUUUUAAAAAUAUUCAAUGACUAUAUACUGUUAUAACAGUAUUCAAAUUUUAUUAAUUAAAGGCAUUCUCAGACAGUGCCUUCCAAUUUUUCAAAAUUUUCAUUGAACGAACUGUCAAAAGAAAUAUAGAAUUUAAAUAAAAAUUACUUAGAGUUGUCAUCAAUUAGAAGCUAAAUAAAAUUUGUUAAGUAAAUUUCAGCCUACGAAAUUUUAAAAUCCAAAUUAUAAAAUUGACAUGAAAAUUUUACUGAAAAUUAUUUACCAAAUUUAGUUUAAUCCCUAAUAGAUGUCAACUGUAAGUUAUUUUUUUUGAAAAUCUGUAUCUCAGUAAAAUUGUUCUCUUUUCAAUUAAUGCUUUAAUUUUUGUUUUCAUGAAUUGAUUAAAUUUUGAUACGUUUAUGACAGUUGUCAUUAAAAAUUUUAAAAAACUAGGGGUACUGUUUGAGAAUGCCUUCAAUUUCAAAAAAAUUACUGGCAGUUGUUAUCAAUGAGGAGUCAAACGAAAUUUGGUGAAUAAUUUUAAGCCUACAAAAUUUAAAAAUUUGAACCAUAAAAUUUAGAUAAAGAUCCUACCGAAAUUUAUUUUUCAAAUUUCGUUUAACUCCUAAUUGAUCUCAACUGUAAAUAAUUUUUUCAAAAAUCUGUAGGCGAGUCCUUUUUUCAAUUGAUGCUUUAACUUUUUGUGAAUUAUCAAAAUUUUAAUACAGUCAUUACAAUUGAAAGUCAUUGAAUAUUUUAAAAAAGUGGGGGCACUGUCUGAGAAUGGCCUAAAUAAAUAGACAAAUUAUUUUUACUUGUAAAUAUUGUUGAGAUAUUGCAACAUAGUAUAUUGGUAAUUGAUAAAUGUAUGUAGAAAAUUAAUGGUUACGUUGAAUAUAAUUUUUUUUUAAUAUA